ACUUGUUUGCUAACCGCCCAUGAAAUUCAGGCAACAACCACUUGGCUCACAUAAUAUAUAAAUAAGUUUUCUCCUUACACCAAAUACAAAAACUAUACAGUCGAUAACUAUCAGUAGCAAUGCCAAGGCAACUCUAUACUGUGAUCAUUCUCUUGCUUGUUAUGUCGUCAACAUCAGCAGAUCCUUUUUGUAAAAUUGUUUCAAGAGGGAUCUGGCCUUGUUUAUCUUACGUUAGAGGGAAACAUCAUCAUAAAUCGGAGAAGCCAUCAUACGAAUGCUGCAAAGGAAUGAACAGUAUAGAGAACGCGUUAGAAAAGUAUCAGCGGGAUGACAGGGCUGCUUUCUUGUGUAUUUCUUCACGUAUCCAUUUUAGUUCCACUCGUUACACACAUGCUUUAUAUCUAUGUAUUAUACGUUCAUCUCUGCCUUCCGUUGGCCAUAGCAUCAAUUUCAAGGAAAAUCUGAAAGUUGCAAAUGGAUGUUGACUAAUUAUACGAAGGCGCAUUUGAUAAUGCUGUUGAUUGAUGUGAAAACCAAAACAUAACAAAUGGCAAAUAAUGAUGUAUAAGCUUGAAGAAACUAAUAAUAUGUAUAGAGAUCCCUUUCUUGUGGAAAGUGCAAGUAUAAAUGACUUGUAGCAAACUGAACACACAUGUAUGGCAAAAUUCAA